AUGUCAGACGAAGAUUGGCUGAGUCCUGAUGCGAUAGAAAGAUGGUGGUCUUCCUCUACUCAAAAUUCGAUCAAAAGACCUUAUUCAGCCGAUACAAUAGCUUCACUGAGAGAUGUCUUCCCGGAAAACCAUCAUUCAAAUGCUAUGGCUAUCAAAUUGAGAUCAAUAUUUGGAAGAGUACAGAAAGAUAAAUCUGUGAAUCUGACUACUAGUGUCAUUGAUCCUGUCACUGCUCAAGUCAUGGCCGAAGCUGGAUUUGAAACCCUUUAUGUGUCUGGUGGCAUGUCAGCAAAUACAGAUACAGCUACUGAUGAUCCUGGACCUGAUCUUGCCGAUUAUACGUACGAUACAGUACCCAAGAAGGUAUCUACGAUAUAUCGAUCACAGUUAUUACAUUCACGUACAUCCCGAGUGAAUAAAAGUGGUAAAGAAGAUAUUCCAUUAAUACCAAUUAUAGCAGAUGCCGAUUCUGGUCAUGGCCAACAUACAGCAGUAAUGAAACUCGUUAAAUUAUUCGUUCAAUGUGGUGUGUCAGGGUUUCAUAUAGAUGAUCUAGUUUCAGGUGUGAAGAGACAUGAUGGUAAAGAUGGUUUAUCAAGUGUUUUAGUUCCAACAAAUGAAUAUUUGAAGAGACUCGUUGCUGCCAAACUACAACUAGACAUUAUGGGAUCUGAAGUGGUAUCAAUUGCAAGGACAGAUGCGGAAACAGCUACUCAUAUCACUUCAACUAUCGACAAGAGAGACAGGCCAUUCAUUCUAGGAGCUACCGUUCCACUUCCCCGCCAUUUUGUACAUGCAGAGGGGAAGUCCAACAGGGAGGAAUGGAAGCGAGAAGCAAAAUUAUCAACAUUGGAUCAAGCUUUCGAAACUUCUCAACCCGAUUUAUACGACAAUUUUGUGACUAGGACACACGAUAUGAGCGUAGCGGAGGCUUUGGCCAUAGCCGUCGAACUUGCUCCUUCUUUCUAUUGGAAUUAUGAAAGUCCAAGAACUACAGAAGGGUGGUAUGCCUAUCAAGGGGGUGUAGAAGCCGCUUUAUCAAGAGCAAGCGCAGCUGCCAAUAUCGCAGACGUAGUUUGGGCUUGUGCUCAUUGUUACGAUGCCGAUAGAGCUGAAAAAUUCGCACAUGGUGUUCAAGAGAUUCAUCCUGGUAAAUGGAUGGCUUAUAACAUAACAGGAGGCUUCCCAGACGAUGGCUCGGCAGAUGAGAAGAUCAAAUUUAUUCCGUCAUCAUUGGCGGCUCUAGGAUACGUAUGGUUGUUCCUUCCUAUAGGUGGAUUAACGGCAGUUGGUCUGGGAUCAAAAGUAGCUAUGAGAGCGAUUAAAGAUCAAGGUUUAUAUGGAUACCUCUCUCAAGUAUCUAGACCUGCAGCCAAACAUGCGGAUGGGACAAGUCCAGAAUGGUGGUGGAAGGUAAUGGGGAAAUUGGCAGAUGAUGCGGCAGACGCUAUAGGAGAGGGUUUGUAG